AUGGGUUGGGUCAACCUGAAAAAAUCAGGUCAAACAGGUUCAGUUGCUAAAAACGUUUUAGAAAUGACUCACAAUAACCACCUAAUAGUUUCACUUCUUUUGUUCCUCCCAUUGUUUGCACACAUCUCUCACUCUCAACCCCUCCCAGAUAUAUGUCAUCCCCACGACAAAAAUGUUCUCCUCCGCAUCAAAAAAGACUUGGGCAACCCAGCCUCGCUCUCGUCGUGGCACCCUAACACAGACUGCGUCAAAUGGGAAGGAAUUCGAUGCAACAAUCAAGGCCAUGUUAUCAUGGUCCGAAUCAAAAAAGCUCAAGAUAUCCACGGCAUACCGGCUUUCUUAGAUCAACUUCCAUUCCUCAAUCAACUCUACUUUUAUGAACUUCCCAAUUUUUGCACCUCGAUACCACCUUACAUUGGUAAGCUCAACAACCUCAUUAAACUUACGAUCUCUCGAACCAAUGUAACUGGCCCGAUUCCUGAAUUUUUAGGCCAGCUUACAAAGUUGGAACAACUCUACCUUUCGUCUAACAAGUUUACUGGGUCGAUCCCUAAUUUUAUAAGACGGCUCAAAAACUUGAUUUAUCUUGACCUCUCCGACAAUUUACUUACUGGUCCGGUUCCUGUGGCUUUGGCGGAACUAACCAAUCUACAAUCGCUUAAACUUGAUUCAAAUAAGUUAUGUGGCCAAAUCCCCGAUUUUAUAGGCCAAAAACUCAAGAAUCUACAAGUGCUACAAGUCGGUUUUAACUCUUUGUCGGGGACAAUCCCAACAUCUUUGGGCUUAUUGCCCGAACUAUAUAGUAUCAUGCUUACUAGAAAUCAAUUAAGUGGGUCGAUCCCAAAAUGGUUGGGACGAGGUCAUUUAUAUUUUGUUUAUCUUGGACAAAAUAAAUUGACAGGGAAUGCGUCAUUUUUGUUUGAGAAGGCGAACACGAACAUCCUGAUUUUGGAAGUUGAGGAGAAUCGUCUAAAGUUUGAUUUCUCACAUGUGGAUUUGGCCAGAAAUUUAGUAACGAUGAAUAUAAGCCAUAAUAGGAUAUAUGGGUCUCUUCCUAUGCGAUUCGGCCUAUUGCGGCCUGACAAUAUUGAUGUGAGUUAUAAUCAACUUUGUGGUCCGAUUCCAAAUGGUCGACGUUUCAAAAGGGUUGAUCCGAUCAUAUUUUCUCAUAAUAAGUGUCUCUGCGGUGGCCCAUUUCCUGGUUGCAAGUAACCAUACAUGAAUGCUUGUAAAAUGGCUUCAU